AGCGAGUUCAAUCACAAGACAGCGGCUUCUUCUCAUCUCCAUGCCACCUCCUUAUCGCCAAGCAUGCGCUGCAUGCAUCAAGUCCAAAAGGCGAUGCGACAUGGCCGUCCCAAAAUGUUAUCGUUGUCGUGUCCGAUCACUUGAUUGCCUUUAUCCACGUCCCUCGACACGACGAACCCUGGCGCGAAGUUCAAAAGCUCUUCCUGAAGAAACCUCAGGAAUCACAGUGGACGAAUCUCAAACAGAGUCACGAAGUGCGAUUAUUGCAGCUGAUACAACUUUCGAUGCUGAUAACCUCGCCUUGCCCCCUUUCCCAGACUACGACUUGGAUUGGCAGGAAGCAAUGACAAAUCUCAAUGACUUCUUGGUGCCUGACUUAUUGAAUCCGCAUGAUACGGCUGAGAAGAGUGUGUUGGCAGGCGAAAAAUAUCAACGUCGUAUUGUAUACACCAUUGAGCGAUUCAAGUCAUACCCUAGGCAGUUGGUUCUUCACGGACAAGUUCCUUUCAUUCAUAGAAGAGUAGUCGAGAAGUAUCUGCCCCCGCCACUUACAAGAAUAUUGGCCGUUUGUGCGCUGUAUGAGGCAAAGUGUGAGUCGAAUCAACAGCUCGUUUACAGUACUAUUCAGCAACAUGCUGAUGAGUUGAUUGAUCUUACACAACUGGCCGACUCUGACGUCGAUUUAUUAUCCUCAGUUCAGGCAUUCAUUCUACUACAGAUAAUUCGCUUACUAGACGGAGACAUUCGUCAAAGAGCAAAUGCUGAGAAUGUGGAGACUUUCUUUAUCAACAGUAUCCGGCGCUUACAACAGCGCAUGAAAAGCGUUGAAGAGUCAACACCAAUCAUGAGCAGUCAAUUGACGACACUAGGUUCUGAUACCUGGGAAGCUUGGUGUCUUGCUGAAAGCUUGAGACGCACUGUUAUUAUAGGAUAUAGCCUGCAUGGGUUGUAUUCUUUCCUGAGGAAUGGCUGGGAUGAUGCUCACCAUGAGUUCCCGGCGCUAUCGUUCUUUGGUCAAAGGGCUCUUUGGUCCGCCACGUCGAGAUUUGAGUGGGAGUCCGCUGUUUCUAAAUUUUAUCCAUUGCCUAUACGCUUCGCUCACUGGGAGUUAGAUAUGGCCUCGGCCAAACCGGAAGAUAUGGACGAGCUUGGAGUUAUUAUGAUAGCGCUUACAUCAGGAAUAGAUGACUGUUGUCGCUGGGUUGGGUAUGAUCUCCUGGAGAACUUUGGCCUCAAGCCGUGA